AUGGCAGGACUUGAGGAGGUGGCCUCCGGGGGCCGAAGGAGCCCUCAUUGGCAGGUUAGGCAGUCGUGGCUGCCCCAUCCGGCCCACAGUGCCCGUUUGGGACCCACAGGCGUGGGGGAGGGCCCCAAAGCCUGGGCGCGCUCCCACCUGCAGAUCCCAGAUUCCGGGGCUGAUAACACCCCCGACCCCAACGACAAGAGUGAUCUCGGCCCCUAUGAGACAGAUGAGCAGAGGGGUUGGUGCUCCACGUGGGGGGCCGGCCACUUCUCCACCUUCGACCACCACAUGUAUGACUUCUCGGGGACGUGCAACUACGUCUUUGCUGCCAUCUGCGAGGACCCAUCGCCCACAUUCAGCGUCCAGCUCCGGCGUGGGCCCGACGGCAGGACCACCCGCAUCAUCGUGGAGCUGGGCUCCUCCGUGGUCACCGUGCAGAACGGCGCAGUCUCUGUCAAGGACGUGGGGGUGGUCAGCCUGCCCUACACAAGCAAUGGGCUCCAGAUCACGCCCUUCGGCCAGAACGUGCGGCUGGUGGCCAAGCAGCUGGAGCUGGAGCUGGAGGUGCUGUGGGGACCGGACAGCUACGUCAUGGUCCUGGUGGAGAAGAAGUACAUGGGCCAGAUGUGCGGGCUAUGCGGAAACUUCGACGGCGAGGCGGCCAACGAGUUCCUGAGCAAGGACGGCAACCUCCUGGAACCCUACAAGUAUGCUGCCCUCCAGAAACUUGACGACCCCAACGAGAUCUGUGCCUACGAAGCAAUCCCCCAGCCUAGCAGCCCACAGGAAGAGCAUGCCCAGACCUGCGCCCAGCUGCUGAGCCUGGUGUCCCCCGAGUGCAGCGUGGCCCGGGAGCCGUUCAUGCAGAGCUGCCAGGCGGACAUGAAGAUGUGCGCCCAGCCGGGCCCGGGAAACUGCAGCUGUGCCACGCUCUCGGAGUUCUCCCGCCAGUGCAGCAUGGCCGGCCAGGCGGUCAGCAACUGGCGGGCUCCGGGCCUCUGCUCUGUGGGGCAGUGCCCGGCCAACCAGGUGUACAAAGAGUGUGGCUCGGCCUGCGUCAGGACCUGCUCCAACCCAGGGCAUAGCUGCCAAGGCUUCUGCACCUUUGGCUGCUUCUGCCCCGAAGGGAUGGUCCUUGAUGACUUCUCCAAAAACCAGACCUGUGUGCCGGUCACCCAGUGCCCCUGCAUGCUCAACGGGGCGGUCUAUGCCCCUGGGGAGGUCACAUCAUCUGCCUGCAGGACAUGCCAGUGCACUGACGGCCUCUGGACAUGCACGGAUCAGCCCUGUCCCGGUCGCUGCUCUCUGGAAGGCGGCUCCUUCGUCACCACGUUCGAUGCCAGGCCCUACCGCUUCCAUGGCACCUGCACCUACAUCCUCCUCCAGAGCCACCAGCUCCCUGAAGAGGGCUCCCUCAUGGCCGUGUACGACAAGUCAGGUUACUCACACUCGGAGACCUCCCUAGCCGCCAUCAUCUACCUGUCCGGCCAGGACAAAAUCGUGAUUUCUCAAGACGAGGUGAUCACCAAUAACGGAGAGGUGAAGUGGCUGCCGAAAAGAGCACGCAACAUCACGAUCUUCAGACAGACGUCCACCCACCUCCAGAUGGCCACUGACUUCGGCCUGGAGCUCAUGAUCCAGCUGCAGCCUGUGUUCCAGGCAUACAUUACCGUGGAGCCCCAGUUCAGGGGCCAGACCCGAGGGCUCUGCGGCAACUUCAACGGGGACACAACGGACGACUUCACGACCAGCAUGGGCAUCGCCGAGGGCACCGCCUCGCUCUUUGUGGACUCCUGGCGGGCGGGGAACUGCCCAACAGCGCUCGAGCGCGAGACGGACCCCUGUUCCAUGAGCCAGCUCAACAAGGUGUGCGCUGAGACUCACUGCUCGGUGCUGGUGAACAAGGGCUCCGUGUUCGAGAAGUGCCACUCGGUGGUGAACCCCAGGCCCUUCUACAAGAGGUGUGUCUACCAGGCAUGCAACUACGAGGAGACCUUCCCCCACAUCUGUGCUGCCCUGAGUGCCUACGCCUACCUAUGUGCCUCCCGGGGCGUCCUGCUCUGGGACUGGAGGAGCAGCGUCGACAACUGCAGCGUCCCCUGCACGGGCAACAGAACAUUCAGCUACAACAGCCAGGCCUGCGACCGCACCUGCAUGUCACUGUCAGAGCGCACACUCGAGUGCCACCCCAGCGCGGUGCCCGUUGACGGCUGCAACUGCCCCGAGGGCACCUACCUGAACCACAAGGAGGAGUGUGUGCGCAGAACCCAGUGCCCCUGCCAGCUGGACAGCCACGAGAUCAUCCUGGCCGGCCAGUCCACGGUUGUCAACGGCGCCACUUGCUACUGCAUCAGCGGACGGCUGACCUGCUCCCGCAAGCCUCAGAUGCUCCUGGCCACCUGCACAGCCCCAAAGACCUUCCAGUCCUGCAGCCAGUCCUCAGACAGCAAUUUUGGGGCGGCCUGUGCCCCCACGUGUCAGAUGCUGGCAACCGGCAUCGCCUGUGUCCCCACCAAGUGUGAAGCUGGCUGCGUCUGUGCCGAGGGCCUCUACGAGGAUGCCAGCGGGCAAUGCGUGCCAGCCGACAACUGCUCCUGUGAGUUUGGGGGGACCUCCUACCCCCCGGGCGCCGAGCUCAACACUGACUGUCAGACGUGCAUCUGCAAGCAGGGGAAGUGGGUGUGCGAGCAGAGCGCCGGCUGCGCCUCCACCUGCACUCUCUACGGGGAGGGCCACGUGAUCACCUUCGACGGGCAGCGCUUUGUGUUCGACGGCAACUGCGAGUACACCCUGACCACUGACGGCUGUGGCGCCAACGACUCGCAGCCCACCUUUAAAAUCGUCACUGAGAACGUCAUCUGCGGGGAGACGGGGGUCACGUGCUCGCGGGCCAUCAAGCUCUUCCUGGGGGCACUGUCCAUCGUACUGGCAGACAAGACCUACACGGUCGGCGGAUACGACCCCCAGGUGAGCUUCCAGGUGCAGCCCAGCUCCUUGCACCUCGUGCUGGACAUCUACAUCGCCGACAAGUACAACCUGACGCUCACCUGGAACAAGCACAUGAUGGUCCUCAUCAAGGUCUCUCGCGCCUCCGCGCAGGACGCCUUCUGCGGCUUGUGCGGGAACUACAACGGGAACAUGAAGGACGACUUUGAGACCCGCAGCAUGUACGUGGCCUCCAGCGAGCUGGAGUUCGUGAACUCGUGGAAGGAGAACCCCCUGUGCGGGGACGUGAGCUUCGUGGUCGACCCCUGCAGCCUCAACACCUUCCGCCAAUCCUGGGCCGAGCGGAAGUGCAGCAUCAUCAACAGCCAGACCUUUGCGGCCUGCCACAGCAAGGUGUACCACAUGCCCUACUAUGAAGCCUGCGUGCGCGACGCGUGUGGGUGUGACACGGGUGGGGACUGUGAGUGUCUGUGCGACGCGGUGGCCGCCUAUGCCAAGGCCUGUCUGGACAAGGGCGUGUGUGUGGACUGGAGGACCCCCGACUUCUGCCCUGUCUACUGCGGCUUCUACAACACCCACACGAGGGUGGACGGGAGCAGCGAGUACGAGUACGUGCAGGAGGACGACUGCACGUGGCACUACCAGCCUUGUCUCUGCCCCGACGCACUGCAGAGCUACCCGCAAAGCAACAUCGAAGGCUGCUACAACUGCUCCCAGGACGAGUACUUCGACUCCAGUGAGGGCGCGUGCGUGCCGUGUGCCCUGACCGCCACCACUCCACCGCCCACCACAGGUGACUGCAGCCACAAAGGCGCUCUCUCCCCCCAGGGGCUCUUCCCCGGCUCAGCUGGACACCCUGACAAGCCGAAGCUUCAGGGCCCCUCACUGCUAUCCAUGCAGCUCCUCGGGCUGGUGGAGGGGAGGGGGGCUGCUCGGACCUCCACAGAAGCCCAGCCCACAACGCCCGCCACACGGACCCCCAGCACCAGCGGGCUGUUCAGCUCUGCCCGACCCUCCACGAGCCCCACGGCCACUCCUCCAGUGACACCAAGCCUGCCAGCCACGCCGACAACCAGCCCGCAGGCCUCGUCCUCUGCACGGACAGACACGGCCCCCACCACCCAGACAAAACCAGCUGUCUCCUCAGCGGAAUCACCUCGAAGCACCACGGCCGUCAGCCCGCGGGUCACAUCAGCACCAACCCCCACAUCCACGUGGGGUAUAACGGCCACUAGACCCACGGUGACCCAUGCCACAAGCCAGUCCACAGCAUCACGCCCCAGCGCGGCCACACAGACCACAGCUGAGACCACAGAGCGCACCACAGCACCUACAGUGACCCUGGAGACACAGGAGGAGACCUCAAGGACCCCGCCAGACGACGACCCCAACGCAGACAACAGGCACAACAACGGGACGACCAACGACCACACCAUCGACGCAGACUACGCUUCCCACUCGGUUCCCGCCAUUAGAGACCUCCUCGGUGACUCCCACCUCUCAGCGAGCUACCACCCGGACCACCGAAACGAUCAUCUCUACCCCCUCCAGGCCAUCGCCCACGGCAACCUCUCUGCCUACCACAGCCACACAGCCCACAGCCUCCACGCUGUCACUCACCAAGACCACCAGCCACCGCCCACGGCAACCUCUCUGCCUACCACAGUCACACGGCCCACAGCGUCCAUACCAUCACUCACCAAGAACACCACUGAGACCCGCCCUCCCCCCAGCUCCAUCAGGACAGCCAAAACCACUAGUCCCCGGGUGUCACACCCGCCCGCAACAGCACCUCACCCAUCCACAUCACCUGCUCCCACUACCAUCACCCCCAAGCCCACCAGCUCACGAACUGAGACCCCGGUUGCCGAGACCACCUCGACCGCCACCCCCAGCCGACCUCACACUCCUGCCGUGACUCCCUCCCAGCCCACCGUUUCUCCCUCCUCCUCCUCACGCACCACAGGUCCCCCCUCAGGCACAUCCUUCAAGACCACCACCUCCUUUCCAACCCCCUCACACCCCGAGACCACGCUCCCCACUCGGGUACCGCCAUUUGAGACCUCCUCAGUGACUCCCACCUCUCACCGAACUACCACUCGGACCCCUGAACCCAUCAACUCUUCCCCCUCCAGGCCACCGCCCACUGCAACCUCUCUGCCUACCACAGCCACACGGCCCACAGCCUCCAUACCAUCACUCACCAAGACCACCACUGAGACCCGCCCUCCCCCCAGCUCCAUCAGCACAGCCAAAACCACUCCCCUUUCUGCCCUUCUCCUCCACACGCUUGCCUUCUACUUCAUCAGUUCCUUCCUCUCCUGCGUUAGUGACAAGCACUUCAUUGUUGUCUUCUGGUAUCUCCUCAUCUUCCUCUUCUUCCUCUGCGCCUUCGGUUUCCACUUACUCAUCAACAUCUUCUAUUCCCACCACGCAGCACACUAUCAGCACCAUCGUUCCCUCCACGUCCAGAACCACUCCGAGUGCCGCACCCUCGUCUUCCGUUUCCUCCCAGUCCACAUCUCUGUCCACGUCUCUCACCACACUCACUCCCACGCCUGGCUCACCUCCUUCGCCACAUCCACUCCGUCCCCUGCCCGAAUGUCGGUGUCACCGCUUCACACUGAGUGUAUCUGCAGCGUCAAGGAGUAUGAGGAGGAGAUCACAUACCUGGGGUGUACAGCAAAUGUGACGAUGACCCGCUGCGAGGGCACCUGUGCCUCCUCUGCCAGCUUCAACAUCGACACCAGGCAAGUGGACAUACAGUGUGGCUGCUGCCACCCACUGGAGUCCUAUGAGAAGCAGCUGGUGCUGCCCUGCCCAGAUCCCAGUGCACCCGGGGGCCAGCGGGUACUCACCCUGCUGGUAUUCAGAAGCUGUGUGUGUAGCAGCCAGCCCUGCAGGGACUAG